AUGCCGCCUUCUCAGCUGAAACAGCUGAAGGCUUCGCUCAAAGAUAGCGGGGUGAUUGCUCCCCAGCAAUCCAAGAAGCAGAAGCGCCAAAAUGCGAAGACCGGCGCCGCGGCGCAAAAUCGGAACCAGCGCAAUGCCGCUUUACAAGCCAUUCGGGAUCGGUUCAACCCUUUCGAGAUUAAAGCGCCUGCCGGUCGCGCCAAAUUUGAAGCGACUACUCGCGAUUCAGGCUCGAAACCAGCUGCGCGCGCCCGUCCGGGUGUCACAAAAUCUUUGGGUGAAGAAAGGCGCCGUGCCACCCUCCUCCAAGAGAUGAAUAGCCGUAACAAAGUCGGCGGACUUAUUGAUCGCCGUUUCGGUGAAAACGAUCCGACUAUGACCCCCGAGGAACGAGCCGCCGAACGAUUUGCGCGAGAGAGUCAGAGAAAGAUGCGCAAGGAAUCCAUGUUCAACCUUGAGGAUGAGGAGGAUGAUUUCCAGUUUACGCACAUGGGGCAGCCUUUGACUCUCGAAGGAGAGACGCUGAAGGACGAUUUCGAGGCCGGCGACCUAAAUGGUGAAGAAUCGGACGAGGAAUCUUCACGGAAACGGAAGCGUUAUGUCGACGACGAUGAAGACAUGGGAAUGGAGGAGGACAUGGACAUGGACAAUGACUUUAUCGAUCAUGGUGACGGAGACCAACCCGAGCGGAAGAAGUCCAAGGCAGAGGUGAUGAAGGAAGUCAUUGCCAAAUCCAAGUUCUACAAGCACGAGCGACAGCAGGCCAAGGAGGACGACGAAGACCUUCGAGAUGAGCUUGAUAAGGAGCUCCCCGAUCUCUUCGAGGCUCUUCGAGGCAUGAAGAAUCCCGGUAAGCCGGAGCCGGCCAAGCAAGAUCUCGACGCCAUGAACCCGGAACGUGCAGCCCUACUACAGGAACCAGAGAAGAACAAAACCGAAAGAGAGUACGAUCAACGUCUCAAGCAACUGACAUUCGACAAGCGGUCGGCGCCUACAGACCGUACGAAGACUGAAGAGGAGAAGGUGGAAGAGGAGGCUGCGCGACUGAAGAAGCUUGAACAUGACCGGGUCCGCAGAAUGCGCGGUGAAGUAGUCACCGAUGACGAAGAGGAAGAAUCCGAUAAAGAUUCGUUCAUGCAGGACGACGAGGAUGAAGAAAUUGAUGAUGCGGAGGCUUUCGGCCUUCCCUCUUCCUCAUACCAACCUCGUCCUGAAUUGGCCGUAGAGGAUGAAGACGAUUUUGUCAUUGAUGAUGACUUGGUCGAGACAAGGUCAAAUGCUAGCCUCGACCUGGAUGCAAUCGACAUGGAGGAGGAAUCUUCAGAGGAAGAGGAAGUUGAGUCAGAGAAUGAAGAUGAGCUCAUCAACGGAAUGACACUGCCCACAACCAGUGCUUCAGGAGCCGCAUCCACAGCCGUUGAAGUCAAUCAAACCGCCGAGGGAAAGCUGGCUUUCACAUACCCUUGUCCAUCCACCCACGCAAGCUUCCUUGAGACUAUCGAAGGUGUGCCGACCGAGGAUGUUCCGACUGUCGUUCAGCGUAUUCGUGCUCUGCAUCACCCUCGCCUCCAGCCCGGUAACAAGGAAAAGCUUGGGAAAUUCGCCGAGAUCCUCGUUGAACAUGUCUCCUAUAUGGCUAACGAGAGCGAGGAGCCUUCGUUUGCUGUGAUCGAGAGCCUUCUGCGUCAUAUCCACUCUCUCGCCAAAACUCACCCAUUAAACGUUGCCAUGUCAUUCCGCGCGCGUCUUCGCGAGAUUACCACCGAGCGUCCCCUUAACCUUCUCCCUGGAGACGUGGCCAUUCUUUCUGGCAUCUCAACCGUCUUCCCCACUUCCGAUCACUUCCACUCUGUCACCACGCCAGCUCAUCUGUGCUUGGCUCGAUUCUUGGGCCAGUGCUCGGUCAAAACAGUCUCCGACUUCGCGACCGGUGCAUUCGCCACAACUUUGUGUCUCCAGUAUCAAACAGAUGCAAAGAGAUACAUGCCCGAGUUCAUCAACUAUACUCUCAAUGCCCUUUGUAAUCUUGCACCUACUGAGCCGACUUCGAAACUUGGUUUCUUCCCAGCCAGAAAAUCCGAAGACUCUGUACGGCUCGCGCCGUCUAAGAAGGUCACCCCGCGCAAGCUGCAGUUCCGAGACAUCAUUGCAUCAGCCUCCGACUCUGAUGCGCAGGAAGAACUCAAGAUUUCUCUUGUCACCACGUUUGUCUCUCUCCUCGGCGCUGCCUCUGACAUUUGGUCGGAGAAGUCUGCCUUUACCGAGAUCUUUACCCCCGUCCGUGAAGUUCUUCAGUACCUCCGCCAAUCUUUCAAGAGCAAAGUCUUUGGCGCGGCCCGAGAGCCUAUCCAGGCGGCCUUAGACAAGAUUGAUGCUCAUCUUGCCAACGCUCGUCUCACUCGUCGCCCGUUGCUCCUCCACAAUCACAAGCCCUUGGCUAUCAAGUCGGCCAUUCCCAAGUUCGAGGAGGACUUCAACCCGGACAAGCACUACGACCCGGACCGCGAGCGUGCCGAGUCCAACCGUCUCAAGAAGGAGUUCAAACGCGAGAAGAAGGGCGCUAUGCGCGAAUUGCGCAAGGAUGCCAGCUUCAUUGCCCGCGAGAAGCUUCGCGAGAAGAAGGAGCGCGAUGCCGCUUACGAGCAGAAGUACAAGAGGCUUGUGGCCGAGAUCCAGAGCGAAGAGGGCCAAGCUGCCAACGCUUACGAACGCGAGAGGAGAGCGCGCCAGGGCAAGCGGUAA